UCGAAAGACGUGUGUUUCCGGAGGAAUAUUGGAAAACAUUGAACUUCAAAAUAUAGUGCGACUUGCAUUAAGCAUUCGGUGAACGUUCGGAGUGCCAAAGCAAACAGAUUUUUCCGUUGCCGCAAUAGAUUGGCUGCUGAAAAUGGAGUGUGAAAAUGUUGGCUCUGGACAGCUUAAAAAUUAGUGCGGUCAGAUAAUUAUAUUGAAAAUUUGAAACCCUCAUGUGCAUAACUCUAAGAAGUUAAAAUAAAUAUUCAAUAAAAAUUACUAGCGUUGUUGGACUAAAAAAUCUAUGAAAAUAAACUAAAGUGGAUUGUGCUUAUAAUAUUAAUCAGAAGGGAAAAGAUAGUCUGCAUACCAUAAAGAAAGUGAUUCAGAUUUUUAUUAUCACAACACAAGAUGAACGUUCAACCCAUGAAGUACACCGGUCUGGUGGCGGAUCUGAUGCCCAACAUCCGCUUGAUGCAGGGUUUCGGACAUUUCAUGUUUCGCUACAUCGACGGGCCGAUUCUGAUUCGGAAACUUUAUUCGUGGUUUAACCUCAUAAUGAUUUUUCUGCAGUUUGUUGCCAUCAUCGUCAAUUUGGUGCUCAACAUGCAUGACGUGAAUGAGCUAACGGCAAACACAAUCACCGCCCUGUUCUUCACCCACUCGCUGACGAAGUUUAUCUACUUCGCUGCCAACGCGGACAGCUUUUACCGAACCCUGGGAAUCUGGAAUCAACCGAACACCAAUCCACUGUUUGCCGAAUCGGACGCCCGGUAUAAUGCGAUCUCGCUAGCCAAAAUGCGGAAGCUACUUGUUAUGGUGAUGGCAACCACAUUAUUUUCGGUAGUAGCCUGGAUUACGAUUACGUUCUUUGGUGACAGUGUGAAAAAUAUGGUCGAUAAGGAAACCAACGAAACCUACACUGUGGAUAUCCCGAGGCUGCCCAUCAAGGCUUGGUAUCCGUGGGACGCAAUGAGUGGGGUGCCAUACGUAUUCACUUUCUUAUUUCAGAGCUACUACCUUCUGUUCUCGUUGUGCCACGCCAAUCUUGCCGACAUUCUGUUCUGUUCGUGGCUGAUCUUCACCUGCGAGCAACUGCGCCAUUUAAAGGGAAUACUGCGCCCGCUUAUGGAGAUCUCAUCCACACUGGACACCUUCCGACCGAACUCCGCAGCCAUGUUCCGCUCCAUUUCCGCCGGAUCUAAAUCGGAACUGAUCAUUAAUGAAGAGAAAAAUCCCGAAAAGGAUUUCGAUCUAAGCGGCAUCUACAGCUCGAAAGCAGACUGGGGAGCCCAGUUCCGGGCACCGUCGACGUUGCAGACUUUCGGUGAAAACGGCAUGAAUGGAAAUCCCAACGGACUUUCGCGUAAACAAGAAAUGAUGGUUCGUAGUGCAAUCAAGUACUGGGUCGAGCGCCAUAAGCACGUAGUCAGACUGGUUGGUGCCAUCGGUGAUACGUACGGAAUAGCUUUGCUCCUGCACAUGUUGACCUCGACCAUCAACCUGACCCUGUUGGCCUACCAAGCGACCAAAAUUGACGGACUGAACGUGUACGGAUUCACGGUCGUCGGUUACCUGGUUUACGCGCUGGCUCAGGUGUUUCUGUUUUGUAUUUUCGGCAAUCGGUUGAUUGAGGAGAGCUCCUCGGUGAUGGAGUCCGCCUACUCGUGCCACUGGUAUGACGGUUCCGAGGAAGCCAAAACCUUUGUACAGAUUGUUUGCCAACAAUGUCAGAAGUCGUUGAUCAUUUCGGGGGCCAAGUUCUUCACCGUCUCGUUGGAUCUGUUUGCUUCGGUACUCGGUGCCGUUGUCACCUACUUCAUGGUGUUGGUGCAGCUGAAGUAAACUGUUGAAAUUUUAAUUGAACUACUAUUAGCUUUGAUAACCGAAGCGGAAACAAAUGGCACGAUAUUUAUAUUAGCUCAAAUCAUCAAUAUUUGUUUUAGUCGAAUACAACGUUGUGAUAGUUAAUUUGUUGUUGUAUAAUUAAGGCAAACCAAAACACACACCGUAUGCGGGAAAGUGUUCGGUACAUUCGAAUUUUUUCCACGUUUUGGAAACAUAUUUGAAAUGGAUAUGAAUGUGAAUAAGUGAACUACCUUUCGAAUAACUAUAACGAGUACAAAACAGCAUUGCAUGAAAAUGUUACUAGUGAAAACUGUUACAAUGCUCGGCUGCUCGAUGAUUCAUAAAAUUGGUACUAAUAUGUAGAAACUCUUCAUUUUUUGCUUCGAUUAUAGAAAUUUUAACCAUAGGAUCAUAAACAGGGCUGGAAGAAGAACCAAGGUAGACUAUUUGAAAAGUAUAAAACUUUUAAAGAAGUGUUUCAGAUUUGUUGUGAGUCCCAGUACAAAACCAGCAUUAGUAAAAAUUAUUCGCAGUAAGAUCCAAAAUUUGAACGAGGAAUCUGAAUGUAUCGAUCAUUUUUCACACGCAGCAGAGUCGCAUUCAUUGAUGGAAAAUAGGAUAAAAGAGAAAGUGUUUUCACAUUUUGCAAUUUUUACAAGUUUCUUACAUUUUGAAGAUUAACAACAGAAGCACUACCAAUAAACAGAUAAACGCUCA